AUGUUGUCAAGUGCCAGAGUUUGCCUUCUUGUUUUUGUCAUGGGCUGGACAAAAGUGGAUUGUGGGUUUGUUAACGACUAUGACAAAGAUGCUAGACUUGAAUGUUUGACAAACUCUAUUCUGAGCUAUAUUGGCAGCAUCCAUGAGAAUAAAUAUGAGGACAGGAUAUGGGAGUUUGCGUGUAGGCCAGCACCUGAUACAAUCAGCGGCUGUUACUGGACAAAUUACCUCAACCAAUUUGACAAACCGUUAGACUACAAGUGUCGCGGGAAUGAGGUGCUUAAUGGAAUGAUGAGUUACCAUGACAACCGCUGUGAGGACCGACGAUUCAUGGUCCAAUGCGGUAGAGUCGCCAACAGGUCCACAAGGAACUGCUAUCAAACCUUUUACGUCAACGACUUGGACGGAGUCAUGACCUUUUCUGUCCCCACUGGGCAGGUUAUUAAAGGUGUUUACAGCUACCAUGAAAACAAGAAGGAAGACAGACGGUGGCGGUUCUACCUGUGUGAUCUUGCCUGA